AUGCACGCCGCCCUAGCAAGAAGAGGCAUCCGCGUCGACCAGGGCUGGGUCGACGCGGCGGCGCGCGCCGGCGCCACGACCGAAGAACAGGUCUUCGUCCAGUUCCUGGCGCACGAUCUGAGAAAGGCGGCGACGGCGGCGACGCUGCCGCGGCCGCUCGGCGACACGCUGGGAGGCGCCUGGGUCCUGCAGGUCGAGGCCGUGGCCGACGUCGGCGAGCCAGCGCCGCGCCACGCGAAGACGGUCAAGGCGCUGCUCACGGACGGGGUGGUCGACGUCGGCGCGGUCUGCCAGGGCUGGGUCGACCGCCUCGAGCUGGGGGCAAAGAUAUUUGUCAAGGACGCGCCGGUGCAGCGCGGCGUCGUGCUGCUGCGGCCGGACAACUGCCGCGUGCUCGACUGCCUGGGCCACGUCAAGGCGGAGGCCCUCGCGGCGCGGGCCGCGGCCGCGGCGGCCCCGCCGGCGGCCGCGCCGGCCGCGCCCGCGGCGCCGCGCGGGCCGCCCGCGCCGCGCGUUGCGCCGGCGCCUCGCCCACCGGCGCCGCGCCCACCGGUGCCGGCGCGCCCGAGCCCGCGGCCGCCGGUGCCCGCGCCGCGCGCGGCCCCGGUGCCACCGCGGCCGCAACCACCAAGGCCGCAACCACCAAGGCCGCAACCGCCGCGGCCGCAGCCCCCAAAAGCCGCGCGCCCGAAGCCGGCGAUCCGGCCGCCCUCCCCCAAACGCCAGCGGAGCUUCGGCGAGCUCCUGACGCUCGCCCAGAUCCCCACGCUGACGCCGCCCUGGACGGCGCGCGUCCAGUGCUACGUCGAGACGAUGCGCAAGUGGGGCUUCUCCGCGGCCGAGGGCCGCUUCGUGCUGCGCGUGCGGCUCCGCGACCCGUCGGGAAGGGUGGAUGCGGACUUCGCCGAGGCCGAGCUCGCGCGGCUGCUCGGCGGGCCAUCGCGCGAGUUGAGGGAGGUGGACGCGGGCGAGAAGGCCGCGCGCGAGGCGGCGCUCCAGACGGCCAUCGCGGGCUACGAGGGCGUCCUGACGCUGCGCGCCGGCGCCGCGCGGCCCGAGAUCGCGAAGCGCGAGGCCCUCGAGGACCUCGACCCCGCGGCGCUCGCGGCGCUCCAGCGCGCCGUGUCGCAGAUGUCCCAGCGCUAG